AUGCUAGGUGUGGGCCAGUUACUGUUGCCAUUACCAAACAUCGAUGAAAAACUCAAAGCUGAUGCCGUGUUUGUCCCAAAUUCCCCUUUCAACCUCAUUCCACCGCAACUCCUAUACAAAGAACUUGAAGCUGCCGGUUACAAUCCAAAAUGGCCGACUCACAACGACAAAGAAUACAUUUUUGAGUAUACUCUUCCGGGCAAAACUCAAGCAACUGAGUUUGUUGUGCCAAUAAAUGACAGGGACCUAUUCACAUUCCGAUCGGAAACAGGAUACAAAGACUUUUGCAUGUCUACCACUUCGUGUGACUGCGACCGUCAUCAUUGGGAAGCGUAUGCUGGAAGCACUGUUUCCCAAGACACUUCCGUUUCUGAGGGAGUGCCUGGUGCACCAAGUCAUAUCUCUGUUUUGACUGAACCAAAUGCAGUCUCGAUUGAAACAAAUACCGAGGGAGCCCGAUACAAGAAGUUUGACAUCUCAGCUUCUGAGGGGGCCCAAUCUAACACUUUAACUUCUUCACCUAUUUCAGAAUCUGAACCUCGAGCAAUUACUUUUGACGAACCGCACGUUUCCGAAGGAGCGCAAACAUAUGAUCCAGAGGUUGAAAUUGUACGACGAAAACAACACCGAUUGUUCAUAUUGCAUGAAAAAUACGGACACCUUGGUUUUGCCAAACUCAAUCUCAUGGCUAGAGCUGGUUUAAUACCUCGAGAAUUAGCGAAUGUGGACGCUCCAACAUGCCCCGGAUGCGCUUAG